UGGCGGUGCUCGGGAUACUGGGGAUCAACCAUACAAUAAGACGCUCACACUGUUAGUAGCUCGUGUUUCGGUCGUCUUGCUGUACAGUGAAGAUGGCUGACGAAAACACACAACAGCCGAAGCCACGGGCUCCAGUGAUACCGACAGUAGCCAAACACAAUGUGAUUUAUUUGGUCCUCAUCUUGUCCCUAUUGGCUUACUCAGUUUUCGUCACGAUUGCUGUUUACAGAGACAGCCACCCCGUGCCGAGCAUUCCAGAUGGGAAACCGCCAUAUUUGCCAAUAGAUCUAUCUGAUCUGUACGAUUUCAUCACCGCGACUAAGGGCACGUGUGUUGACCCAUCCUUUGUGCCUGGGACCAGCAUAAGGGAUGGAGAAAAUACAACGGUGUCUGGCCACGAAGGGACCUACAUAUGCCUCGAUGGAAUACCAUCCACCCCGGAUUCCUGUCGGAUCUACUCAUUCGGCUUCAACCGAGACGACAUCAAAUUCGAAAACCGAAUGGGAAAACUUGGCUGCAGGGUCCACUUGGUGUCUGGAAAAACUGAGUACAGCUACACUCCUCUGGGGAACAAUGUCUACCUGUACCCUCUCACUCUCUCCAACUUCACAGAGCUGGGAAAAUACACUCUUGAUAACUUCUUAAACCUAAUGAAUCAUAUGGAUAAGCCUAUACAUUAUGUCAAGACAGAGGAGGAAGGUUCAGAGUGGACUCUGCUCCAGAAUUUAUACACCUCGUCGUACAAAGCCCCUUAUUACAUCAAGCAGCUACGAUUGCUACUUCACCUGCCAAUAGCAAACGACGACAACAUCAGUGACCUCCUAGAGAAGUAUCGUUUGUUGCUGGGCCUGGAAUACUAUGGUUACAAACUCCUGUACUCUAGGCCCAUUCCAGGAACCCUUUACUACCACCUAAACCUGGACAUGGAAGUAGCCACGAAAUACGAGACUGUUUGGGUACGACCCUGAAUUAGUGCCCGAAAAUGAAAUGGUAUAGUGAUUUGCUCGGCAAUCAUUCGACACCUCAGAUUAAGCCUCUCAAGAUUGUUUACUUCGGAUGGUCUUGGAAGGAAAGCGAGCUAACCUUCCACAAUGGCUGCUAAUUUUGUAAUUGAGGUAAGAUGAACGCUUAUGAAAUAUGUCACUGUCGUUUUCAUCACGGGAAAUUCAUGUACUAAUUUAUAAUCAGUGUUCUACCUUGGAAAUGUGUAUCCAAAUAUCAGACUAUUUAUAAUAUCGUAUUCAUAAAUCACAUAACAUUAAAAACAGA